AUGAAAUCAAAAAUUGAUUAACCCAAUCAAAGUUUUGAUAUUCUUAGGCUUUCAAAUGCAAAUUACGAUAGUCCUAUGAAUAUAAGAGAAUUGAAUGAUUCUAUAGAAAUAUAAUUAAAUACUGAAGAAAAGAAGACCGAAAUAUAAAUAGUGAAAUACCUUCACAAUUUGGGAAUAUAAACAAAAACAGAUCCUCUAUUGAAGGAACAAGAAUAUUGGAGAACGAAAAGAAUGGAAACUUAGAAAAAGAUGUUAUCAAUUUUGUGUUUAACUGAGUCAACAUAAUCACUAACACUGAACGGUUAUGCAUCUAAGUUACUACAUCAGAGAGUGUCUUAAACCUUAUUAGAAACACGAUUGAUCAAUAAUACUUCUACUAUGAUUAUAGAAUGA